CGGGGGCACAACAAAGAUGGCGGCGGCGCCGGCGGCGGCGAAGAAGAAGAAGAAGACCGAGGAGACGACGACGAGGGCGGCGGCGGCGAACUCUGUAGGCCUUUUCAAUUUUAGUUGAAUCCCUCCCGAUGGCCUGUUGGAGUCCAUUAGCGCAUCGCCAGAGUGGAUUUCUGAUACUGGGCUAUUCGUCAAUGUUAGAGCGGGAAGAAAGAAGUGGAACUGAUUUGGGUUGAAAAGGUACGAGGAAUCGUAAACUCCAGCGGUGAAUAUGGGGGAAAAGAAACCAGAGCCCCUGGACUUCGUGAAAGAUUUUCAGGAAUACCUAACUCAACAAACCCACCAUGUGAACAUGAUCUCCGGAUCAGUGAGCGGAGACAAAGAAGCAGAAGCUCUUCAGGGAGCUGGGACAGAUGGUGAUCAGAACGGACUCGAUCAUCCAUCCGUUGAAGUCGCCCUGGACGAAAACUCAGGAAUGUUAGUGGAUGGGUUUGAAAGGACAUUUGAUGGAAAGCUAAAAUGUCGCUACUGCAAUUAUGCCAGUAAAGGAACAGCACGACUCAUAGAGCAUAUCAGAAUUCACACAGGGGAAAAGCCCCACCGAUGUCACCUGUGUCCGUUUGCGUCAGCCUACGAACGUCAUCUGGAGGCCCACAUGCGCUCGCAUACCGGCGAGAAACCGUACAAGUGUGAAUUGUGCUCCUUUCGCUGCAGCGACAGAAGUAACCUCUCUCACCAUCGUAGGCGCAAGCAUAAAAUGGUCCCGAUAAAGGGGACCAGGUCGUCGUUGAGCAGCAAGAAGAUGUGGGGGGUGUUACAGAAGAAGACCGGCAAUCUAGCCUAUAGCAGGAGAGCGUUAAUUAACCUGAGCCCUCCCUCCAUGGUGGUUCAGAAACCGGACUACCUUAACGACUUCACCCACGAGAUCCCGAACAUUCAGACGGACACUUACGAGAGCAUGGCCAAAACCGCCCCGCCCGGCGGCCUGCCGAGGGACCCCCAGGAGCUCAUGGUGGAUAACCCUUUAAACCAGCUGUCCACUCUCGCGGGGCAGUUAUCCAGCUUGCCGCCCGAGACCCAGAACCCGGCGUCGCCCGACGUCGGGCCGUGCCCCGACGAGAAGCCUUUCAUGAUUCAGCAGCCGGCGGCCCCGGCGGCGGUUUCCGCCGGCUCGACGGGUAUCCCCCGGAGCUCCUCUCCCACCAGCCCGGAGCCCCGGCCCGCCCACGGGCAGCGGAACUACAGCCCCGUGGCCGGGCCCAGCAGCGAGCGCAGCGCCCACACGAGCACCCCGAGUAUAAGCAACAGCCAGCCGAGCACCCCGGCCCCGACCCUGCCGGCUCAGGAUCCUCAGCUUCUGCACCACUGCCAGCACUGUGACAUGUAUUUUGCAGACAACAUCCUCUAUACGAUUCACAUGGGGUGCCACGGGUUUGAGAAUCCGUUUCAGUGUAAUAUCUGCGGCUGUAAGUGUAAAAACAAGUACGAUUUUGCGUGUCACUUUGCAAGAGGGCAGCAUAACCAACACUGAUCGGCAGACGGACCCGCCGUGCUCUCCCUGGCGGCCUCUCGUCGUUUCCGUUUUCAUCCCCCACCCCCCGUGAAGUGUCUGCUGAUCUUUCAGAUUCGGGUGUGCUCUUCCCGAGGCCAGCGUGGGACGGGAGGCAGGCUUUCCCUCACGCGUCCGACGGUCGGUCCGGUCGAAAGAGUCCCGCGCUAAGUAAGGGUCGACGGAGCGAAAGUGAGUUGGGAGCGCAGAUUUACGGGUCCCGGGAGCCCAGCGGUGUCCACUCUCUGCAUUUCGAGCCCGUGAAAACCUGGCAAUUGGAAACGCAACCCCCUGUAUCCGGAUCCCUAGAUCCAUUCCGCCCCUCGGUUCUAAGAAAGACUUCCUUUCCCCCUCUCCUCUGUUUUCCCCCGUGUAAACGUAUUCCAAGCCGACAGCCAGUUGAAGUGGGAGCGUUCGGCACCCACGGGAGUUCUUAACUCUGAAUUUUUUUUUUAACUCGUGUGGUUUCAACAGUUCAAAUAUUGGUUUAGUUUCACUGACAGAGCAAAGAAUAUAAAGACUAUAUUUUUGUAUGAGGCAAAAUGCAAGCUCGUCACGUUAAAAACCAAAAGGCUUUACCAACUAGGACUUAAUAGAUCUUUUAGCAUUUGAAAAUAUUUUCAGAACAGUUCGCUCCAUUGCCGGGAACGAGAGAAGAUAGGAUUUAAUGUUUAAAAUACCUAUUCCUUCAUUUCUAGCUUUAGUCAAAGACAGAGUGGUGGUAUAUUUCCAACCCAUUUUGAAUGUGAUACACCAGUUUACAUCGACUACUGUUAAUUUAAUGGCCCUUAAGAUGAAACCGUUAGCCGUGUCACAGAGGUAACGUCCCUGAAAAAUAAAAAAAAAAUCUUUCCUUCAUCAUGCACUUUCUCAUUUAUAUAACUUAUUUUCAUUCUGAUGCUGCAAGGAAGAGUGAUUGUAUUAACCCUAUUGUGACGAGAGGAGCAUAGUCUUAAACUAGACGACAGUACUAAGAAACGUGUUCCCCUACUACUAAUUUCACACCAGGAGAGAUAGCUUAUAUAGCGCCGAGAUGAUUACUCACGGUUAUCUUGAUUGUCUUCCAAAUAGAAAGUUUUGGAGUUGGGCUUCUGUCUUUUCCAUCUGCUCGUCCAUCAGUCAUUUCUGAGAAGAGAACCCAAAGGAUGGUUGGAGGAGGAACAGACUAUUUGCUUUUUGAGUGAGUGGAAGGCCGCUGACAUCUGGAUCUCAGAUUCUCAUUAAAAAAAAAAAUCUAGUUAACUGCCGCUGAUUCCUUUGAGAUUUACAUCGUUGUGUUCCUCUGGACUUAGGCCAAUAGCCUCUCCCAGUUUCAGCAACAGGUGGCAAGAACGAUGUUGAGUUUAACGAUAUUUUCUAAGUCUGGAAGAGGAGGAGAUGUGUGACAAGUUUCAGCACUGUCUAGAUGCCCGCAGUCGAUAUUAGUUCGUAGGGAUUCUGGAUUACUUCACCUAAUAUUUUUCCCAGUCGUUUCAGGGAAGCAGUUUUGGAAAAACAUGCACGAAUAGAACAAAAAUAUCGGGAAAGCCCCUCUGAGGAAGGACUCCCGAGUCGGGCCUUUUUUUGUGUUUCUCAUGUUGUGAGAAGAGGGUUUGAAUAUAAGGCCAUGAGUGCCGUGCUAUCCCACAGUGGGAAGAUUCUGUUUGAAGAAUACGGAAUUUGACAAGCAAAAUGGCCUGGUCAAAAAAAAAAGAAGGGCAGUGGCAUUCAACUUGGGAUGUUUCCAUACAGUGUCUGUAAUCCAGGUUCAGUUUUAAGAACGGUAGCGAGGAAAGGUUUCACACUGACCAAGAUUCCCUCGAACUUUGGAAUUUUAAAACCUGACGGUAAAUAUUUGUCAGGAAAAUACUCGUAUCUUAAAGUCGAUGGAAUUUUUUUCUUCAGAUUUCUGACCCACUGGGAAAUCAUUAGGGGGUGUCUCCUUUGGGGCGCAGUAUUAGAUGAGUGAAUUAAGUUAGCUCACUUCCCAGAGUAUUGCUUUUGUCAGAGAGCGCUUUUAGCAACUCCGAUGGUUUCUUUCCCUCGAGAGAUCUAGAGGUCGAAGGUUGAAAACCUGAGAUUUUUGCUUGAAAAGCUUUGCUUCUGCUCCCUCCCUUAGUCCCACUGUUACUCGGGGCCGGAAUCCGAAAAGGCCGGCCUUUAGCUCAACGGAACACCACCCGUGUAAGUCACCUCAAGAGACCCUGUUUGCAGAUUAUCUGUUCUGAAUGCCGCAACCCGCGGACACACGGCCAUACAUUCGCCCACGAAAGCACUCACACGUUAUAGUUCUUCUCCCGAUUUCCAUUUGGCACCGAUGCAGUGGCGGGGCUGGAUGGAGGCCAGCAACUCAGCCUCCACGUUGUUUUCCGGGGGUGGAAGGGAACGACACCCGGGCCGAUCUGACGUCCGGGUGGAUCGGGCUUUCACCUACGUGCAGGAAGAGGAGUCGGGAAGUCCUGGGGAGAGGAGGAGGAGGUUGGGAGGAUUCCUGGGGUGCUGCCUGCUCGCCCCUCUGCCCCCUCACCUCUCCACAUCCCCGCAGGGCAGAAAGCGUGGGGGGCACAAGGAGGGAAGGCUCGGGGGUGGUGGGGACCGAACGCGCACCUGGAAAUGUGCAAUAGCGGAGAUGUACGGAAAAUGGGGCCGGGCGGAUCCUCGUCGGCGUUAGAAAUUUGUCACAGGACUGUGAACACGGCAGAGAUCAGAUUUCUCUGGAGCUUGGGAAGAGUGUAAAAAGUCAAAAGGUUCUUGGUGCGGGUGCUUGCCGAAAUAAGAGUUUACCGAUCUAAGAGGAGAGCAGUGUUCAUCUUUCAGUGCAUUUCUCUGUGUACUCAUCCUUACUUUGGGGGGAGAGGAAUCGGGCCCCCAAAAGUUAAAAAAAAAAAGAACUAGGCUAAAUUUUAAUUUUAAAAGAUUACAAAUACGCUUCCGCAAAACAGCGUAUUAGUUGGAACUAAACGGCGGCAAAUGAAUUUUCUUCUUCUGAUCACUCGGGUUAGAUUUUUUUAAAACUGUGUUUAAAAUUUGAAAACCUCAAAAGAAAGCCCGUUUUCUCAUAAUUUUAUACUAAAGAGUGUAUACUACUAUCUGCUAUAACUUAAAGAGCACAAUAGGUAGUGUAAAAUUCCCUGCUUAAGAGCUGGAUGGAUUCAGCUCAUUUAGAAGUGCACCGGAGGGGUACCGAAGUCAUCUGCAUUAGUAGUUGGAAAACAUUUGUUUUAGCAUAGAAAACUUCAGUUUUAUUUCAACGUGUCCACAGCGUGACUUUGAAAGACCUAUAUUUGGAAAAGACAUCGACUCCGAUACUUGAGUAUCUGAUAGACAUUGCCCCCGUUUUAUUUUUAAUCAAAUAUUUUAUAGAUAACAAUUUUUGGGAAUGUUGUACAUGCACUAUUUAUAGUACUUUACUGUUAACGGGCAGAUUUUAAUGUUCUGAAACGAAAUUUAUUUUUGUUCAGUGAACAUUCUAACAGUUUAGAUUUUAAAAAUUGGUAGAUAACUUAUCUCUGCUUAUAUUUUUUUUAAACUGUGAAGAAACUAACAGAAUACUUUUAUUUCAGAUUUUGCAAAUGCAGCGUCUAGGUACAGCUUCUUGAAAUUCAAGUAAAAAAAAAAUAAAAUGACAAAUGGGGGGGCGGGGGGAAGGGUGGUGAAAAAUCCCAUAGGAUGUUUUCCAGAUGCUGUUUCGUAGCAGAAAUCGAUGUCGCCGUACCACUGCAGAACGUGUCUGACAAAGGGAACGUGACCAACGGGAGACUUCGUCAGACGAGCCUCCCGUCAAGGCGGCGUCUCCGGCGAAAGCGUCGCCGAGCCGAAGCGCUGUCGCGGAAAGACUCGUUCCCCGCCGAGGAACCGAUCGCCGAGUCGAGUGUCUCUGCCUCUGGUAUUUGCUUUGCUAAUAUGUAUUUUGAUGUAAAGAGCGUAUUUUAUAUGCGGAUGAAAUUGGAGGUGCAGUUGCAAAACAGAUUAUAUUGUGUAGUGACGCUGUUUUCAGAAAACAGUUCAAUGCUGAAAUAACUCUAUCUAGUGUAGUUGACUGUGAAGCUUUGCUUUUGUAAAAUAUUAAUAAAAUAACAUUUUCUAA